AUGAGUGAAACCAUAUCUGGCCGGCCGAACACUAUCGUGACAAUGAGCACAACGUUGACCAGUCCGACUGCCUACAUCGAAAUUGUAGGAACAUGGGCAUACACCUUUAGUGGCAACGGCACCACUGCCUCGACAGGAAUCUGGUUCUCACGACCCUCGAAUGACGUCUCUAGCUACUGUAUCGGAGAUGGUGGAGCGAUAGGCACACCGCGCUCGAUUGACUAUGCUGACUUCAACUAUCCCGUUCCAGCUGAGGCCUACCGCUGUCAACCGAAAUGCCACACUGCAUCAGCGACAGCGAUCAUUUCUACAAAAACCCAGGUGGACGCCUCCAACCAUCCGAUGACCACCAUUAUCUCUGUAAGCAUCAGCGACCUACCAUUGGAGAAUUGGUGCUCAACUAUAUGGGAUGAUUAUGCUCCGGCCCUCUCUGUACCCCCAGAGUUGUUCAAGAUGUCGUUGCAGACUAUCGUGAACGAGAACAUCACGUGUGAUUUUCAACUAUUCUCGGACAACCUACUUUUUGAUCCCCCACGGCCGUUGACACAGGUAGCCUCCGCUGCAGGUGUGACUACACCCACUGCAAUCGCUGCAGCGACUACUACCCAGGCUCCCACGAUUAGCGCGGGACCUGGUGACAGUCCUGCUGGUACUGCAGCCGGUCCAACAAUCUCGACAUCACAUGUUACAUCUACAAGCCACUCGAAUUUGAUACCGAUAGCUUCAGCAUCCGCAUCUAGCUUGCCGAAUUCACAUAUCUCGCAAGUUUCAUCCUUGGGAUUAUUCAGUACUGCGCCUGCGAGUGCUCAAUCAGUCUCGAGCGUAAGUGAGAUUAACCAGCAUACCAAUUCGGGUGGCAGCCCCAGUUUUGUUCAAAUUGGUGCGGCAACCGCUGCUGGUAACCCAGCGGAUCCGGGAUCUCAGACCGCAUCAGACGGAGCUUCGCAAGAUAUAGGCGGGGUCAUUGCGAGUGUCAUAGGUAUGCAGGGCCAUGGGUCCUCCACCAGUACGACUCAGGUGGUGACUUCGUUGCCUCAGCCAACCUCACUGGCCACCACACAUAUUGCCACAGCGGAUCCCGCAGCCAUCAUAGGCUCUCUGCUACAAUUACCACCCAAAGUCAGUUCCUCGCAGCUGACCGCUCUGGUCGAUCCUGCUUCAACAUUUCAAAGUGCUGCUGCGGGAGGGACCCAAGGCGAAGAGUUGUCUGUCUCUAUCGGCCUCACGGGAGGUGUUGUGAUCGGCUCCACGACCUUGGCUGUAGGUCAAAAGACAAACUUGGCUGGCAUUGGCGAAGUGGUGGUACAGUCAAGUGGGAUAUUAGUCGAUGGCUUGACACAGGUAUACUCAGCAUUAUCGCCGACGGCGUGGUCUGGUAUUUCGAUAGCAGUGUCCGGUCUCGCUGUGUCAACGACUCUAGUAGUGCUUGGAACCUCAACAAUCGCUCUUCCUACUGGCAUGACUCUGACCGCAGGUGGAGCUCCUCUAACGGUGUCGGGGAUGACCAUAUCUCUUGCUAGCCAUACUAAACCCGAUUCAUACAUGAUGGUCAAUGGUAAGACUGCAUUACCUGUGACAUAUACCACCAUUGCGAACACUACAUCGAGCUUUUCGGCAUCUGACCCGAACACGGGUUAUCUCCAGAUCGAUGGGACAGCCUUCGUUGCGGGACACGCCUCCGCCGUUCAAGUCGGUGCUGCUGAUUCUCUGGUACCAGGAGGCAAUCCAGUGACCAUUGCAGGCAGUACUUUCUCACUGGGUCCAGGAGCCAGCUAUCUAGUCGUCAAUGGCAUCACAAGUACUCCGCAGCCACUUGCGACCAGUAUAAGCCUGGCACUUUCACUGCCUGGCACGACCAUUACCGAGGAUCCAGACGGCUCUUUUCAACUUGGUACUGUUGUCCUACGACCAGGUGGUGUGGUGACGAUAUCGGGCGAGACGAUCUCCUUAGCCUUGACGGGCCCUGUCGCAAUAGUGGACGGAACGACUCAGCGAUUGUCUUCCAUCACUCGUACGCUCGGCUUAGUUUCUUCCGCCUCUACCACUACCCAGAUGUUGGGCCCACAAAGCGUUUCCACGUCCGUCAGCACGCAGUCCACUGGACAGUCAACAGCGCCGAGCAGCAUUGCUACGCCGACUUCGCUCCUUGCCACAACGGCUGUGCUAGCAGUCUCAUUUAUGUGGCUCACCAUGAUUCUAUAA